AUGGAAGUGAAUCCGUUAAGCAUAAUUCUAGUAAAAUCAGAUAGUAAAGGAGAUCGGUUACUAUUUCGAUAUCCAUACACGUUGCCCCAGCAGCUGCAAACCGCCGUUACCCCUUCGAGAAAGACACCAUAUUCACUGAUCAACACCGGCGACGAUAUACUCCAGCAUGCGCCUCCAUCCAAUAUAUGUUUUGACCAACUGUACGGUAUCUCGGACAAGGACCUUGCCACGCUAUUUGCCGUUAAAGCAGAGCUGUGCAAUCAAAAAUUCGAGUUAAAAGUAAACGACGUUCGCUUCGUCUCUCAUCCGACGCUGCUUCGGAGUGAUCAAGGAUCGGAUCAGAAAACUUCCAUCCAAAUCAAUGUCGUGUUCGCUCUACAUGCUCAAGCAAGUCAUUCGGUCGUCAAGUGCUAUUACGAGCUCAGUAAACGCAUUGGUAUCGCGCUGAUCUACGAGGAACGUCGCGAUAGUUACUUUUCGCGGGAAAUCAAAACGAUGGUAGCGAUCAUGGAUGAAAACAGUGCACUUCAAGAACAAGAGCAACCGACGGGGGCGACCGGCACGGGAGGGACAGUGGGUUCAGGUGGUGGUACAGGACCAGCCGGCACUAGCGCUCAAUCAGUAGUGACCAGUGCAGCAGCUGCUGCUGCCGGUAUAGCGGUCAGCGUGUUCGACGCAAUACUGAAAAAUACUACGCUGGCUCAAUUUAUCAAAACUAUAUAUCACGAUCUCUGCACAACGGGACUUUUAAAUGUUACCAUGAACCAAACUGUAACGUUAAGCUUUUGUUUACCGCAAAAAGCGCAUCAGUUUCACAAAAAAGGUGUAGUGGUAGAGCCGGAAACCAUCGAUCGUUGUCUAGAUUCACUCAAACCCUAUCAUGGAAUGCUAUUGCUCGUGGAUCCAUCGGAGUUGUUCGAUUGCGUACCACCUUCGGGGGCUAAUAUGUUGCUGCAAUUGAUCGAAGUGUACAACCCCUUGAAAAGCCUACAAAAUAUGGCUUCGGAUGCUGAACUUCUGAUAGAUUACGUCUACCAGAUCGUAGGCCAUCUCGUAUACUGGGCAAAGGCGACCAUCAUAUAUCCACUAUGUGAAACAAACGUAUAUGUUAUCGCCCCUGACGCGCAGCUGAAUAUUCAUUCAAAUUUACCGGACAAGUUUGCUACCAAAUUCCCGGGCAUGUCUUUGUUUGAAGUUAUAAGUGAUUUUUCGUUACCAACUUCAAUCGGUCACUUGACAACACCCCUGCAACACCCGGCACGUCAAGGUCGGUUAGCACAGAUGGUGUUGUGGAUGCUGCAACACCAUCUGCUCAUGCAGUUACACACAUAUGUGCAAUUCGUGGCGAACCUAGAUGGGAUAGAUGAAGAUGAACAAGACGGAGCUGUUGGCGGUUCAUCCGAUCGAGUUUUGUCGUCCGAUGGGCAUCUUCUGUACGGCAGUUCGGCUCCAAGUGCAUCUUCAAGCCAACCUCUGGCUGUUCCGUUAACCGGGAACCGAAAGCACUCCCUAAGUGAUGAUCGGUACUCCGACAGUCUUUCGGCACUUUUAACAACGGCUGCUUCUGUUACUUCCAACACGAGACCAUCCUCUGCAAGCCACCGUUCGAAUAUCAGCCACUCAAGUGUCGGUGGCCUCCAAACGGCUUCUAGUACAGACAAUGACGAAAGCAUUGCCUCUAUCGACGAAGACGACAAGUUGAAGCGGUUGCUCGCUGCGUUUCCCAAUCCGGAUAGAAAAGCAGUGGCGCGUAUACCUGCGGCUUCGAAUCCGGAAGAUCUCGCCUUAAUGGUGCGUUUGUGGAAGGCCGGCUAUUUCAAGGGCGAGCAUCAUCUCGAAGAGAUAAUGUAUUUCGAAAAUUUGAGACGUUCGCAACUUUUGCAGCUUGUGGACAAAUUUCGCGAUGUACUUAUCAUUUACGAAACAGAGGAUCCUGCAAUCGCCAGUCUCUACUCCGAGCAACCAUCGUCCUAAGAUAUGCAAAAGGUUGG